AUGCUAUUACCACAAGUAACGAUAUGCCCUGCAACACCGAUGACCAUCAACGUUACGCUGCUGGCUAACACCAUGCGAAAUCAAGCACAGUUCGAUGAUAUCACUGAUACAGCAGUUUUCAAUUUUGCUAUUUUCAUGAUUGCUGGAAGUGGAUUUCAGAUUUUCAAGCCGAUCUAUACAAUACGUCGCGGUAGAUGUUUCAAGACCGCACAACCGCUCUAUCAAAAAAGUCUCGAUGAACUUGGUAAAUUGAGAGUACAGCUGCGCAAAGCAGACGUCAUGAAUAAUUCGAUGGAACCAGAGGAUGAAAUGUUGAUAUUCAUCGGUGAUGCGAAGCCAGAUAUUGAGCCAUAUCCAAGGUACUACAUCUAUCAAAAUAUGUACAACAAAUUUCGGAUGUCAGCAACGUACUUCAACUUGCUCCCUGGAUCUGAGCACUGCAGUAACGAAUAUUCGAAAGUUGGUAAGGCAACAUGUUACUUGAUGAAAUGGUUGGUAGACAAUCUUGAGAAACCGUAUCGCUGCACGUAUCCAUAUAUGAACGAAAUUCGAAAUGUUACUCUACCAAGCUGUGACGCUGAAAUUCUUGUUGCCCAUUACCAGAACACUGUGAAUGCAAAAAGUUAUUUCUCGCAUGAUUGCACACUACCAUGCACGCGAUGGGAGUACAACAUAAUGGUUGAUCGAACAGUAGGUCCUGGCUUUAUGAGACCGUCGAAUAAUUCGAAAUAUUCGUUCAGAGCUGACAUGUCAUUCGAAGAUUUGCAAUACGAACAGAUCACUGAAGUUCACACGCUGACGUUCUUCGGACUUCUGGCUCAAAUCGGCGGUCAGCUCUCCUUAUUUCUUGGAGCGUCAAUAAUGAGUAUGAUACAAUUGCUGUUAAUGCUUGCAAUACUCAGCAAACGAUCCUUCCUCCGCCAUCAAGUAGCACCACAAGAGAAUGAUGAAACAUCUAAAAAACGUAUCUUCGAACAGGGAUCAGAGGCAUCCGAGCGAAUGAAACGAAUCUCGUCUGAAGGUGAAUUGAGUCGUGCGAAUAAUUUUCACGUGAAAAGUCCGAAUUUCUACGAUACAAUCUCAAGGCAUCGCUUUAGAUCUGAAAAUGCAUUGCAAUCGUCACAGCCCAACAUCUCAGAUCUGCGCACUGAAACAGCGAUCUAUUAA